AUGAUUCAGGAUAUUGAGAAGACAGCCCUGCUCUCUGAGCAUGUCAAUCUGCUUAUCACUGAGGUGGAACCCGAGGCAGCAGACCAGGAAAUGCGGGAUUUUGAGGUGCAGAUUGACCUGGCUGAGGAAGAGCAGCAGAAACCCUUCUCUGAGAAGGCAGUGAAGAGAGAUUUUAAGGUGGUUAUCACCUCAGAUGAGGAGAAGGAGAAGGAGAAGAAGAAUGAGAAGUGA